AUGCCCUAUCCCGCCGUCGCCCACCCCUCUUCUCUCCACGACCACCCCCGGCCCCCCUCCGCGUCCCAACAUGCCCUCGCUGACCGUCCUCGCUCCAGCGUAGCCUCCACCACCUCCUACUCUGCCCUCGGCCACGCCCUCGCUCCUGACGCGUCAUCGCGCGCCCCCGAACCCGCCUACUAUCGCCCCAAGUCCACCCACCCCGCCCGCCCGCCUCCCAGACGCCCCGCCCGCCCCCGCGCCCCGCCGCCGUCGUACCAGUACUCGUACCCGCCUUCGACGUACGAGAACGGGCAGUACGCCCAGGGCUCGUCGCGUCCCCCUCCACCCCCUCCGCCUGCGACGCGCUCGCCUGCCCCUCCGCCAGCGGCCGUCCAGCAUCCGCCGCCAACAACGUCUUACAGUGGGCCGCCUCCAACAUACCCCCCGCACUCUGGAUACCCCCCACAGGCGUACAGCGCCCUUCCCCCCUCCCAGGCCCAGCACAGCGUCCCUCCGCCGUCGCAGCACCCACCCCCGCACCAGCAGCACCAGCAACAGCCGCCGCCUCCGCAGCAGGCGUGGUCGAACGAGUGGUCGUCGCACUACACCCCCGCACCGAGCCAGGCGCCGUACCCGCCGCCGCCGCCGCCAGCCGCCCCCUCCGCGGCGGGGGGCGCACGACCGGAUCUGUCGCCGCCGACGCCCAACGGCGAUCGCCGGCUGACGGGGGACGCGUUGAUUGCGCGCGUGCGACAGAUGGUGGAAUCGUAUCGGCUGAUCAUCGACUCGCAAAACAUGCUCUACGAGCCGCCGCGGGCGGCCCCGCCGGGGCACCACGACCCGUUCGACCGCCUGCUGCAGGCGGCGUCGCUGGGGGCGCAGAUGCUGAGCGCGGCGGUGGCCAAGUGCGCGGAACCGCCGCGCGCGCCACCACCGGCCGAGCGCGGGGACUCGCAGGACAACGGGGACGGGGAUGGAGGGCGACGGCAGGGGCAGACGUGCCUGGGGUGCAGCGCGACGUCGACGCCCGAAUGGCGGCGCGGGCCGAUGGGGCCGCGGACGCUGUGCAACGCAUGCGGGCUGGUGUAUGCCAAACUGAUCAAGAAGCGGAACCGAGACGGACCCGGCCGAGGGCGCAAUGGCCAGAAGCAGUCCGCCCACGCCCCCCAGUCUGCCCACGCCGUCCACCCCAGCGACGCCGACGGGGCGUCGAGCGGCGACGGCGGCAGCGACGACGACGACUCGUACGGCUCCCAGCACGACCGCCGCAGCGACCCCGGCCAGGGUUACCGCCGCGACUAG